AAACAAAAAAUGAUUUGAGUAUAAUAAUUUUAGAAUACCCAAAAGCAUGGAAUCGAAGAGGCAGUGGGCGCAGCCGGAAUAUAUACUCCCACUCCAGUAAUUGCGUGCAUUGCGCGCACGAAGCGUCAGAAGCUCAAUUAUAACUAGAAAGAGUAUAAUAAACCCAUGGGAAAAAGAGAGCCAAACCAAGAUAGAGACGCCCGCACGCGCACGCUAAAUUCCCUUUUCAAUUUCCUUAUUUCCUCUGAAUUAGGGUUAGGGUUUGCGAAAUCGAGACGGCAUGGCCAGCAGCACGUCUCCAGAACCGUCGCAGCCACCGUUGGAGCAGAGCGAUGCCAAGCCGGUGCUGAGGAAGCCUGAGUUCAAGAAGGUGGAGCAGUUGAAGCCCAGCACUACCGGUCAUACCCUCACUGUAAUUGUUCUCAGCUCCAACACUGUCUUGGCCAAGGGCCGCUCUGUUUCCCACCAUCUUCGCCAGACCCGGAUCGCUGAGUGCGUUGUCGGUGAUGACACCGGCACCAUCGUCUUCACCGCCCGCAACGAGCAAGUGGAUAUGAUGCAGCCUGGUACAACAGUUAUUCUCCGCAAUGCAAAGAUUGACAUGUUUAAGGGAUCUAUGAGGCUAGCAGUAGACAAAUGGGGUCGUGUUGAGGUGACUGAGCCUGCAAAUUUUGUUGUCAAGGAGGAUAACAAUCUCUCUCUAGUUGAAUAUGAGCUGGUGAAUGUUGUGGAGGAGUGAGUGACUGGGAUCUUUUGGCAGCUGAUAUUUUGAUAUAAGAGUAGCUUCAGAAUUUUUAAGGUUGUGAUGAUUUGUCCUAAUUCCUAGUAAAUGUGGUUCUAUCUUAUCAAUUGGAAUCUGUAAUUUGGUGUUGGCUGACAGAUGUCUUCUGGAACUAGUUUUCUUUUCUCUUAAUAUGACUACCAUGACAAGUAGGGCUUUGUUAGGUAUUGGCAGGGACAGCUUUGACCCUGCCUAAGCUGGAAAUAUGAACAAGUAUUUAAUGAUUAAAGGUCUUUUCUUUUUCUUUU